AUGGACCAGACAGACCCCGCUUAUCCAGAGAGACCCGCCAAACGCGUGAGGCAGGCCUGUGAACCAUGCAGAAGGCCCAGGCGCAAGAAAGCAAAAUGCCCCGGUGAGCAGCCUGUUUGCUCGCUCUGUGCUGAGACUCAGGCAGCAAUGCGUUUACGCGGAAGAGAGGCGUCGACCAGCUCCGGAGGAAGUCUCCAGAAGCAGCAGCGCGGCUCUGCCAGCGUCGCACACAUUGGUAGGAAUAUAGGAUCCAAGCCCUGGAGGAAAUCGUCUAAAAUAUCCUUAGGAGGACAGGUUGAAAAGCCUAGAAGGCAAACUUGGAGCUCUCCAAUUCGAGGAAUGGCGCUUCUGAUUCUCCCAUUCCAGUUAUGGGACCCCCCCGUGACAAGCUUAUCGGCUGUGUUGCCGCCCUGGGAUGAAAUAAUGCCUAUUGCAGAGUUGUAUCUGCUGUACUGCGAUUCUCAGCCACUGCCUCUAUUCCAUCGAAGCAGUUUUUUGGCCAGUCUCCCAACGCGCGAUGUCGAAAUCAUCUACGCUAUAUUCGCCUUGAGCCUCCGCUUUUCGGAUACAUAUCACAAUAGCAGGGAUCUGGCGGAGCAGGUCAAUGGUUAUGCAGAAGUUGCACGCGGUCUCGUGAUGAAACGAGUUUCAGAAGGGCCCGUUGAAGUAUCAACGCUCCAGUGCUUAUGCCUGUUGAGCCUGGUUGACUUUACCAGUAUGAUACACCCAAGAUUCGAGAAGAGCGCCGGCGUUGCUUCUGGAGCAUAUGUCUUCUUAAGCGACUACAUGGCGGGGAAUUUUCAACCCCCGACGUGGGCGGUCCACCAUAUCCACAGAGUCCACCCAGGCCCCCAAGAGUUAUGUCCCCAGGGCCUGAGGCAUUUGCCCGAACUGCGAAAUACGUGCAACUUCGAGGAAGACCCAGCAACGUCCCGCCGUGGUCUCCUGAUUCCGAGUACUCCAAAAAUUCUUGCCAUACAGAUGGAAAUGGAAACACGCAUGCCUCUGACACAUCGGUACAAACCCGCAAAUCUCAGCGACAGGUCGUUGGAAGAACUUCAGGCUCAUCGGGAGUACUGGGGGCCCUGGUUCCUAAAUCAAUUCAUAUAUCACACCAUCCUAUGCCUUUUGAAUCACCCACUCCUACUCUCUCUGAGCUUACGCACUUUCCGAAGCACAAUUCCGGAAAUUUUCCUCCAACACACCUCAGACCUGAUCUCCUCGCACACAACCUGGAUCAUCCACUUCAUCAACUACUUCGAAGAAAAGUCAUUCCUAGUCUCAGACCCGCUACUAGGCUACAGCGCCGCAGUAGUAGCAACCAUCGAGCUCCAGCUGAGUUUCACUGAUAACCCCACAAUCCGAGAACAAAAGCGCGAAAGAUUCACCCAAUGCGUGCAAUUCGUCCAACGAAUCGGACAAAGAUGGCCACACAUGGCCCGCCUAGCCCGACGACUCCAACACCUCGAAGACGCCGUCUCAGCCACUUACCAACCAGACCCAGACACAGAGAACCAAAGCCUUCUCAUCGACCUAUCCCGCUUCUGGGAGAUCCUAGAAUAUUCAUCCAAUAACGACACAGAUUCGGCCCGUCGUUUAUUCGGCGACUCCCUUUGUACAGGUCCGCCGCCUGUAGCCGCAGAGGUCUCGCAAACCUCGCCCCUACCCGCCCCGAGCCGAUUGAAUGCGUCGGAUGAGCAUUCAUCGUCGGGAGUACAACAUCAGAGCUUCGGAGCGGAGACGGGGGCCGGGCCGGGACGGAUGCUGCAUUUGAUGGGGCACAGGAUUAUUCAACGAGUGGGCUACUCUCGCCGCAGCAACUAA